UUAUCGAGUCGUCGAGUUCAGUCUAUUUCUAAUUUCACCGAAUCGAGGGAUUUCCGAUGUAGUGAAUUUGUUCAAUGGUGGGGAUGGCAUGUAACAUAAAACGGGGGCCAUUGGAGAUUAGAAAAGCUCUACAGCAGCUUUGCACAGUGUGCUUAUUCGACAGUCGACAGUUCCGACAGCGGACACGGAAUUUUGUACUUUCCUCGCAUGAACUUAAACCGAUUGAUUGAUUAACAUUUCUCCUGAAAGUUCCGUUUAAAUCAAACGGCUAGUGCCAAUGGAAACCGAUUUGUUACAGAAUCUGCAAGACAUUGGGUAUAGCGGGGCUCUAUCUGACGCGAAUGAGUUGUCCAAAGCUUUGAAAGAUGGCCCAAAGUCAGUGGAGUUCACUAAGUUGGUGGCGUGGCUGGCAGAAGAAUUGUCUGCAUUUGGAGAGGUGGAUGACUCCGUAAACGCUAUAACCACGCCAGAAGAUUCGAGCCAUUUUCUGCUCGAAUUAAGUUCAUUUCUCAAGGAAUUAGGAUGCGCGAAUCAAAACCUCAUUGGCGGUGCUGUGAAUCAGAGACUGAGUACAAAGUACGACAGACUUGUUUUACUAGAUUAUCUGGUAACCGAGCUGAUGACUAGCAAGAUAUUAGGAUCAUUUAAAUCUGACACGGAUCAACAGAUGGAAGUAACAAUUAACGAAAGCGACACAGCCAGACAUCUAAAAAACAUGUUGUUGGCAUUGAAGUUUCAAAAACCUCCAGAUAACAUAAGUGCACAAAUGCUGUUCACAAAACUAACUACUAAGUUGAAGGAAGUUGUGGCUCAGGCUCCCCCUGAUCUACUCGAUACGCCUUUAUUUGUGGGCGAGCUAUCGAACGACCAAUGGGAACGGCUGAAUGAACUCCAAGAAGAAUUCAAGAACGAGUAUAAAACCAGAAGGGAAAUGUUACUCAAAAGAUUGGAUGUCACGGUGCAAUCUUUUUUGUGGUCAGAGAAUAUAAGGUCAAAGGAAGAUCAGGUCAACGCAUCCUACAAACAAAAACGGAAUAUCAUGUCUCCCGAGCCAAGUGUUUGUAUUGCUGAUUUACUUGCCGCAAGACGAGAUUUAGCCAUAGUUGAAAAGACCAGCAAUGCUACUGUACGAAAAAAUACCAGGAGCCAAGUCAACCAAGUCAUUAUUGGGGCAGUGCCAGAUCGUGGAGGAAGACCUUGCGACCAGCAACCACCUCCACCCGAAAUGCCAUCUUGGCAAAAAGAUCGCGUUGCUGGGCCGAAUUCGUCCAGAGGAGGCAGAGGUGGAGGUGGCGGUGGCGGUGGAUAUCGGGACCACAAAGAUGCUUCGAAAAAUUUUGGCCAAAACCAAGACAGGUUUCAAUCGCAGCAGCAAUAUCAGCAACAGCAACCACAGUAUGAAAGUCGUGGUGAUUACCGUGGUCAUAAUCAAGGAGGUGGAGAGUAUCACAGAGGCGGUGGAAGAGGUAGAGUGCAAGGAGGAUGGGGCGGAGACCGAGGUACAAGUGGCUAUCAACGAGGGAAUUCUAAUCGCGGAACAGGUCGAGGUGGACAGCACUAUUAAGACAGUUGCGAGAAAAAAAAAACGGCAACGUCUAAAAUAGAUGUUAUAAC